AUGUAUUGUUCAAAAUCACGAAACAAAAGCUCUCCACUUGGCAUUGGCCAUUACUCAUUCAGUACAAACAAAGACUUAAAAGUUCUGAACACACGUUCAAACCUUCAGGCUUGAUCUAAAAAUUCCAGGCUGAAGCUAAACUUCAGUAGCUUCAGUAGGAGCAGGCACACUAUUCAAGGAACUAAGGCAGGCCUCCGAUAUUACAAGGUGCAAGGACUUAGCCGAAAUAACAAAUGUAAGGGAAUGAUUUAGUAUGUUAGACCUAGGAACGAUAAUGAAGAAGAAUCAGUGCAAGGAGAUGAUGAAAAGUUGCAAUAUCAAGUCGUUUUUAAACAGAAGAAAUCGUAAUCUUAUCAUUAAAUAAAGACAAGCAACGGAAAUUACUUUCGAAAAGUACAGAGAAACCGAUGAAUAUCUUCGUAGUAGCCAACAACCCUGAUAAUAAGCAUUCUGUCAUGAGGAUAGGGACUAACAAGCCACAUUCUGUAUUCAAAAUUGUGGAUGACCACAGGUAUUCUCCAGUUAUCAAACUGGAGAGGAACAAAGCUAGUGAAAUGGAUGCCUUUCUCAAGAGAAAACUUACCAAAAAUUUCCGAAGAUAG